CGGAGGCUGGAAUUUCAGGUUUCUCUCUUGUGUGUUUCGGGGUAACGGUGACGCGCGUCGCCGUGAACACCGACUCUUUUUCAUUUCUCUGUCCUCAUUCAUUUGCCUGCAUGUGUUUAGUCUUAAAUAAGUAUGACUGAGAGCGCGGGGAAUAAAAAUGAGGAUUGUCAUGCAGCGAAUGGUGUGAAAGCAGGAAGAAAUGGCAUGGUGAAGAACCAUCAUCACCAUCAUCAUUGUCAAAAGCAGGAGGAGGUUUACCAUGCUGCAUGCAAUGGAGAGCUUUACAGCAGGCCGUUCAUCGAGUCCUUUGAGGAAACUCCCAUGCUGGUCGCCGUGCUCACGUAUAUGGGCUACGGCAUCCUCACCAUCUUCGGAUAUCUGCGGGAUUUCAUGAGGGAGUGGAAAAUAGAAAAAUGCCACAUAGCCAGAGAAAGGGAGGAGCAGAAGGACUUUGUUCCACUUUAUCAAGAUUUUGAGGAUUUCUACACAAGGAAUUUAUACAUGAGGAUUCGGGACAGCUGGAACAGACCCAUUUGCAGUGCUCCUGGGGCCACGUUUGACCUCAUUGAGCGCAGUUCCAAUGAUUACAAUUGGACCUUUGAGUACACUGGGCGAGUGGUGAAGGAUGUGAUAAACCUUGGCUCGUAUAAUUAUCUGGGCUUUGCAGAGAACACAGGUGCCUCUGCCACAGCUGCUGGAGAGGUGACAGUGAAAUUUGGGGUGGGCAUGGCCAGCACCAGACAGGAAAUGGGCAACCUCGACAGGCAUGAAGAGUUGGAGAAUCUGGUGGCAUCAUUCCUGGGAGUGGAGUCGGCUAUGGCUUUCGGCAUGGGGUUUGCAACUAACUCCAUGAACAUUCCUGCGUUAGCUGGCAAGGGAUGUUUGAUUCUAAGUGACGAGUUGAACCAUGCCUCUCUGGUACUCGGAGCAAGGCUGUCCGGCUCCACCAUCUGGGUUUUUAAACACAAUAAUAUGCAGAGCCUGGAGAAGUUACUCAGAGAAGCUAUUGUUCAUGGCCAGCCUAGAACACGUCUAACCUGGAAGAAAAUCCUCAUUCUUGUGGAGGGCAUCUACAGUAUGGAGGGCUCCAUCAUACGGCUGCCAGAACUUAUAGCACUGAAAAAGAAGUACAAGGCCUACCUUUACCUGGACGAGGCUCACAGUAUCGGGGCAUUAGGACCCUGCGGUCGAGGGGUGGUGGAGUAUUUUGGACUGGACUCUAAAGAUGUAGACGUCAUGAUGGGCACCUUCACAAAGAGCUUCGGUGCAGCUGGUGGAUACAUAGCAGGGAGGAAGGAUUUGAUAGACUACCUGCGAACUCAUUCUCACAGUGCAAUUUACGCCACCUCUAUGUCACUUCCUGUCGUGGAGCAAAUCAUCACUUGUAUGAAGUGCAUUAUGGGGAAGGAUGGAACGACAAUAGGCCGUUCACGUAUCCAGCGGUUGGCUGAAAACACAGUCUAUUUCCGUAGGAGACUGCGGGAGAUGGGAUUCAUCAUCUAUGGCAACAAUGACUCACCUGUGGUACCCAUGAUGCUCUACAUGCCCGCCAAAAUCGGGGCGUUUGGUCGAGAGAUGUUGAAGAGAAAUAUUGGAGUAGUGGUGGUGGGCUUCCCAGCCACGCCGAUCAUAGAGUCCAGAGCCCGCUUCUGUAUCUCUGCGGCCCACACCAAGGAAAUGCUGGACAGGGCGCUGGAUGUGAUCAGUGAAGUAGGCGAUCUGCUGCAGCUGAAGUAUUCGCGGCACAAAGUUCUUCCCUCGCUGGACCGGACCGUUGAUGAAGAGUGACAUACUUCCUAUCUGAACCAAAUGUGCACUGCUCAUCAUCUGCUCUCCAAAAGGAAGCAGUGAACCACUUAAUAAAUAUAUCUUUUUUUAAACUUAUAGGUAUAUCAUCUUUAUUUUAAUACAUGAAGCUCUGAACGACCAAACACUGAUGCUUUUAGAAAAAAAAAAAAAAAACUCCCCAGUUUCCUCUACUGCAUUUGUCACCUCAGUUUCGUUUUGACGUGAGGUCUGGGGUCUGUUUUUAACUCGUUGUGGCAUUCAUUUAGGGAAAUAAAUAUUUUGAUUUUUCUCUGCCAGCCACAGGAAGCUUUGAGCUGCUUGUGUACUUGCUAAAGCCAUAUGUCACUGCAGCCUUCAAAACCAUUUUUGUGUACAAAAAACAUUGAGACUUUGUUUCUCUCUCUCUAGUAAGUGAGAACAGACUGGUAACGAACCCAUAAUUCGAAGGAUCCUGACCUAUGAAAGGAAUUACAGGUUCUUAUGGCAUUGUCAUUACAUUCACGGUGUCGAAAACCUCCACAGCUUGGCUCUUUAGUUGUUGUUGUUUCCACAGAUUUUGACUUGCGGCCUGCUCUGGUGCCUUGCGUCAAUCUGGCUAUGGUUUUUCUUGUUACCAGGAUGUUUAUUUUUUCAUUGAGAUACAAAUCGUGGAGGGUGAAGUUGGUUAUGUCUGAGGGAAGUCUAAGUAGAAACAUGCAUACUUAUCAAAUUUGCACCCCUGAGGAAACUUGGAUUAUAUGCAUUACUGUAUCUCCAAAGCUGCAGUGCAAGUUGUGCGAUCCCAAAACUUGAAUCAUUCAUCCAAAAAUGAAAAUUUGCAUAAAGUUUACUUGCCAACAGGCAAUUCAAGAUGUAGAUGAGUUUGUUUGUUUUUUAAUCGAUUUGGUGAAAUGUAGCAUAUCACCUGCUCACUAAUGGAUCCUCUCCAGUGAAUGGGUGCCGUCACAAUGAGAGUCCAAACAGCUGAUAAAAGCAUCACAGCAAUCCUCAUGACUCCAGUCCAACAAUUAAUUUCUUAGAAGUGAAAAGCGGUGUGAUUUAAAAAAAAAUCCAUCAAGCCAUUUUAACUUUAAACCAUCACUCCCAACUAAAAAAACGAGUCCAUCUAUAAUAAUGUUAUUUAUUUGCUUAAAGGUGGCUUGAUCUGUGCAUAUUUUUCAAAAUUUUUGAAUUAUCAAAAGCAGUACUAUAGAUAGAAGAUGCAUAUUUUAGCUGGAAGCAUUCAUUUGAAGUUAAAAACAUCAUAUUGUUGAAUUUAUUACAAACAUUACAGCUUUUCGAUCCACAAGACAUGAAAUGUGGCUGAGGCGGAGUAAAUUUUUAGCAAGUUAAAAUUUUUGGAUGAUCUAUUCUAUGACUUGCAACCUCUGAUAACUAUGUUAAUAGUGACUUAUUAGUGUAUGAGUGCAAUGGCAUGGAUAACUAAUAAGUUUGCUCUCUCUCAAAAGUUUGCAUUCUCUAGUUUUAUAAGCUUUCCUCAAUAUUGAUUGAAGUUUGUUGACUUAUGAUUUCAAUUUUUUUUUUAAACGCUUUUCAGCAUUCAUAAAAAGAGCUUUAUGUUAUGUAUAUGGUUCUUUAUUAAUGUACAUAUUUAUUUAUUAUUCAAGUUUCAUAUCUUUUAUUGUUUGGAUAAGUGUACUUUAAUCAUCAACGGCAGCUCCAGAUAUCCUCUUAUAUGCACAUGCAUGAUGUGCAUGCUCUCAGUGCACAUACUACUGAUGAGUAUUUUUAUAUCAUUUUAAUAUUCCAAGCAAAGCAUGUGGGAUGUUUUCACUGAGUCUGCUGGUUUAUGGCGUUUUAACGGUGUUGCACCAUACACUCUGUGUUCUGUUUUGUGGCUUCUGUUGCUUUGGUCCUGUGGGGUUUACAAGUCUUUUACAACAUCAACAUUUCUUUUUAACCAUUUUUUUAACCUGUGUUCCUUUAUAUGUAACAAGAAACUACACAGAUCGAGAGAUGUUUUAAAAUAGCAAGAAACAAUCUUUUUUUCUUGAUAAUAUAAAAACUGACAUUUAAGAAAGAUUAUUUCAACUAUAAAGACUUCUUGUUCAUAUGAAACACAUGCUUUACCAGCACAUUCACUGUAUGUGCUCUAAUAUGACUUGGACUUUGCUGCCUGUAUAGUGCAUACAGUUUUAAGACCUACUUUUCAAAGUACACUGUUGGCUUCAUUAGUUGAAGAGUUGUUUCACUCCUAAGGAAAUUAAAUUACUAUGACUAAAUCUA